GGCUACUACGCAACGCAGCGUGUCCCUGUUCUGUUGACUGGGAAGCCCCUAGCGCGGAGCUGCCAACGCCCGGCGCAGACACACAAAUAGAGGAUACGAUCUUGAAUGAGUAGUGAGGACUAUAAAACACAACUAUGCAGACCAUCAAGUGUGUUGUAGUUGGGGAUGGAGCAGUGGGUAAAACCUGUCUGCUCAUCUCUUAUACCACAAACAAGUUCCCCUCCGAAUAUGUACCUACGGUGUUUGAUAACUAUGCUGUAACUGUAAUGAUUGGAGGGGAGCCCUACACUCUGGGCUUGUUCGAUACUGCAGGUCAGGAGGAUUACGACAGGUUACGACCUCUGAGUUAUCCCCAGACAGAUGUCUUCCUCGUCUGUUUCUCGGUUGUGUCCCCCUCCUCCUUCGAAAACGUUAAAGAAAAGUGGGUACCAGAGAUCACCCACCACUGUCCAAAGACGCCCUUCCUGCUGGUUGGGACCCAGAUUGACCUGCGGGAUGACCCAUCCACUAUAGAGAAACUGGCCAAGAACAAGCAGAAACCCAUUACUCCCGAGACAGCUGAGAAAUUGGCCAGGGACCUCAAGGCCGUCAAAUAUGUGGAGUGCUCAGCCCUCACGCAGAAAGGCCUAAAGAAUGUGUUUGAUGAGGCGAUAUUGGCCGCACUGGAGCCCCCAGAGCCUAAGAGGAAACGUAGAUGUGUGCUGCUAUGAGAGCCCCUUUCCCGACACAUACACACACCUUUUCAAGCGCACACACAACACAAUACACACAUCUUAAAUGCAUACACACAUGACCCCCCCCAUUGCCCUUCCCCCUUUCCCUUGCUCUGCUAAGGCUGGUUGACAGCUUUGUCCUCCACAGCGAAGACGAGAGAGAAAACGACCUACCAAGUUUCAGAUAAUUCUCUGCAAUAAUGAGUAGAUUCAUCCCCGAGUCUGAGUCCGGGACAAAAGAGGAACCGAACCUGGCCAGCUGGCCGCUGCGGGCUCCGGGCAGCGCAGCACCGCCUCGGACAGGGAGCAGCAUACCAGGCUUAUGUACAAGUAGAAUCCACAUCUGUGAGCUUUGUUAGAUCGACUUAAACCCAGUCAGUGCCGUGGCCUGUUUACUUUUUAGUCGCCCAGCUGCUUAGUUGUCCUCAGCCAAUUUCAAGCUUUCCAUGGAGAUAAGCCCCACCCCCAGCCCUCUACAGCUGCCUGAUUGACAGCCGCACAUGCUGCCGGUCCCGCCCUUUCUAUUGACGAGCACACUCACCGCUCAGUCUUUACGCUCUUUCUCAGCACUAUCUGAAAAAGUGCUAAUUGAAGUGUUUUUUUUUUUGUGGUUUUGUUUGCCAACACCCCUUCCCUCCCCAAACACAACGGAAGUCUGAUCUAUUUAUUCCACGUUUCAGAUAGACUCAGUCUAGACCAACGAGGAUACUGCGGAGAUCUGACAGGACUCGGUGCAGCGCGGCGGUCCCAUCCUAGCCUCAACGGAAUUGGUAAAAUCAGCCGUCUCGCACCCGGUCCUCGCAGAUCUUCAGACUUUCAGGGUGCAGAGUAGCAGUCCGUUCGCAGGGUGGUGUUCACCGAAGAGCUAAAGGCAUCCAGUAGCAACGGGUCCGCUAGUCGACCCCAGCGAUUGGCCUUUUUGGAAGCAGGGAACUUAAACAGUGUUAGCAGAACAAGUGGUGUGUUCUUCAUACGUCGCCAGGGACCAAGGGAGCGUAAAGCAGGUUGCUGUUGAAACAUUGUCACCACCUUACAGCCGGAGCGGGCACAGCGGACGACAUCCGUGUACGCCAAAUAAACCUCGGAGCGCACUGGCAAGCCACAUUUGGAGAACCGUUUUUUUCUUUUCUUUUCUUUUCUUUUUUUUCUUUUAAGACAGAUGAUCAGCGAACAUGGAUUUCCGCCACAAUUCUGUGCCAGGUCAGAAUUUGGUGCCUUGGUUAGUGUUUUUAAUCCAGGCUGUACGUCUGCGGUGUGAAGGGCUGUCCGGUCCGCUGUGCCCGUCCCGAGCUGGAAGGUGCUUCAUGUAGCUGAGCCUUGGUCUCUGUUCUGAAGAUAGGUUUAACAGAUGUAAUAAUAAUGUAAGCUGGCACACAAUGUUGAUGUAGGCUCCAGAUGUUUUUACCAAAAUCUUUUUUUUUUCUUCUUUUUUUUUCUGUUUGUGCUGUUUUUGAUUUUAUAUAUAAAUAUAUAUAUAAAAGGUUACUUUCACUCCUUUUACAUUUAGGGGUCGGAACUCAUCUGAACUCUUACCUGCCAGUUACACCAAGAAAACCUCUGAUUGGUUGAGUCAAAUAAAAAACCUCCAAUGGCAGAGAGACUGUUUGGUAAAGAUUAUUUGUGAUCGGUUGAUUCUUGUUUUUCUUUACUGGUGGCUUAGAGUUGGGUUGACGUCCAGCCCAAGUCAGUAUAAUUAUUAUUAUUAUAACCUGUUGUUGUUUUGGUGCAAAACCAAAUGCUUUGUCUGAAGUCUUUGUUCUUUGUAUAUGCAUUCUUUUAAAAAAUAUUAAACUUAUACCUUAAUUGCCUUUAC